CUCCUAAAGUCCUCACUGGGUGGAAGGUGACUUGGAACCUCCGCUGGGUCCUCACUCAUGGGCCCAGCAUGGUGUUGCCCUCUCGCCCUCACUGUUCCCAGGACUCUGGGGCCUGGUGAAUAAUGCCGGCAUUUGCACUCCCAUGGCACCCAAUGAGUGGCUGACCAAACAGGACUUCGUAAAGAUGCUCGACGUGAACCUGUUGGGGAUGAUCGAGGUGACCCUGAGUCUGCUGCCCCUAGUGCGGAAGGCGAGGGGCCGUGUGGUCAACGUCUCCAGCGUCAUGGGCCGCGUGUCCCUCUUUGGUGGGGGCUACUGCAUGUCCAAGUACGGCGUGGAGGCCUUCUCAGACUCCCUCAGGAGGGAGCUCUCCUACUUCGGAGUGAAGGUGGCGAUGAUUGAGCCUGGUUACUUCAUGACCAAUAUGACCAGCCCUGAGGUGUUUAAUGGAAGCCUCCAGGCAUCAUGGGAUCAGGCCAGCCCAGAGAUCAAGGAACUCUAUGGAGAGAAGUUCGUGGCUGACUUCAUGAAGACAUCUAAUUUAUUGAAGCCAUCAUGGUCCGGGAAUCUGUCCUUGAUGACCAACUGCAUGGAGCAUGCCCUGACCUCCUGCCACCCCCGCACCCGGUACUCCGCUGGCUGGGACGCCAAGUUCUUCUACCUCCCCGUGAGCUACAUGCCCACCUUCCUGGUGGAUCUCAUGAUGUACUGGGGUGCCCCACGGCCUGCUAAGGCCCUGUAACCCAAGACUGGGGUGCAUGGUGGGGGCAGUUGGGGAUAGUGUGGGGAGGGGAUGCAUCAGGGAGAGGGAAAUAGAGUGGCGAAAGGGGUUCUCAUGUCACCGGGGACACCCAUCCCACCUCAGUCCCCAGGCUUCUCUUGGGACAUUACUUAGUUCUCUGGGGAUAUUAGGAAGAAAGGAACAAGUCUUAUGGCCGAGGAACAGGGCUCAUUAUCUCACAUCUGUGUUCUGUUCCUUGAGUGGCCUCUCAGUGCCUUAUGACCCACAUGCAGCUGUGAAAAACCCUCGCUUUGGGGAGGGUGUGAGCAGCUGGGAGUUUUCAGUCCCCCCUGCUCUGCCUCUGUCCACCUGUUGAUGUAUCUUUCCCAUGUCCAGUCUCCCUCUCCCCCAGGAUAGAAAUGGACAGGGGAGAUAAAGGCCCCUCUUGCCUGAGGGUAUGUGUUGACAGUGGAGGGUAACCACCAGCCUGACUCACGAGCCUAGGUGCCAACUCAGUAGACCUUGGCUGGAAUGCGAUCCUGUCGGAGAACAAACAAACCGGGUUUUGAUCUAUCUUGGAAACAAGAAUUUCCAUUGAUUAUUUCUUCCUUAAAAUUAUAGUUGAAAAGUUCACCUGCUUGAGCUUCAUGCUUAAUCUGAAGACUCCUGUUUUUCAAAUUAUUAUUUAUACACGUAAACACUCACAUACACACACAGACACCGAGCCAGUCACACCAAACAAACUGAAAUCAAAUAAAGUAUCAUUGAUUCACUUUAUGCCUUGGGGGUAUGUGUUCAGGAGGUUUGGACUCAGCCCCAGGAAUCCUCUCCAGAAUGUCAGAGAGCUUGUGAGAUUGCAAAGCCCUGGUCCUCCUUGCUGGUCUUACAGGGGGGUGCAGGGCUGCACUGAGUUGGGUUCCAUGGCCCACAGUGUGGACUGUGACACAAGGACCCCUAUUUAGACAAGGCGGAGCAACAAAAGCGCUGAAAAAAGAAGUGCAAUGCACACCAUCCCACGUCCUUACCCUAGACCUUCCGUAGAUCCCUAUUCCUCCUCCUUCCAGGCUGCCUUUCUUAGGGAGGGAACCAGGUCUGGUCUGAUGGACGUGUGAAGGGGCUGGAACCCAUGCCAUGAGGGUCCAUGCGGCUGUCACAAGGAAGUUUCCCUAAUCCUCCCCUUGGCUGUCCCGGUGGUUUUUGACAAAGGAUCAGUGAUUCCCCACUGAAAAUCUCAUCUCCUCCAAGUAACAGAUAUUCAGCGCCGGAGGCGGGAUUUGUCUCUCCAUUUUGGGAGCUCACUGCAGAAGGAGGACUGCAUACCUGUAGGGCUGGAAAAGAGCUUGCACAAUCAGCCCUCACUCCUGGCACCUUCUAGCCCCCUUUGGUUACCUACGCCUCUCCCCACUUCAGGGGACCCAACCUGAGAUGAGAAGAGGGGAUGGUGUGGGACACCCUGUCUUUGACAGUGGUCCUACUGAGACUGGGCAGAGAGACACCUGGUGGUGGCAGCCCCUGCUCCAGCACAAGCAGGCUCACAGGUGCGGCCUCAGAAUCUGGGCCAGCUGCAACUCCCUGGACCGUAGAUGCAGAGAUCUUGGUCAGUGAGUCUCCCUGACAGGGUCGCCUCUGAAAGAUUUCUUCUUCUGGCCCCCGCAGCUCCCAGGUGAGUGAGUGUCACCCCAGGCUCCUUUCUCUUACUGCUCUCUCCUGACCUUCCUGUGGUUGUUCCCACCUGGAAUGUAGUCUGAAACAGCUGAGACUCCCGCAAGCAGUCAUAUUACUUUCAGGGUUCACAAAAGGGAAGCAAAUGGCCUGAGGGCUGGGACGUGUCUGCUGCAUGGCCCCUUGGGAGUUUAUGGUUGAAGGAAUUCGUGGUCACUGAGAAAAAAAAAUCUCCUGUUUCUUCCAAGUAAAGAAACCAAACCUUCUCCCAUAGCAGGGUUUUUGUUUGUCUAGGAUUUGCAUGCCGCCCCGGCUUCUUGACACCGUUUCCACACAGUUUCCAGGGCACCAUCCUUCAUCCUUGCCUUCUUCGUCCUCACCCUUUGGGAAGCCCACGUAGGAGGGUCCUGGUGGUCACGCAGGAAGCAGGCACAGGCUGGUUUCUGCAAGACGAGCCUUUCUAUUACUGCUGCCAACUCCCACCUGAGGGACAAACACUUUCAGGACUACAGUCAGCUCCCUGCACUUGACAGUUACCACUAAAGGCUGAAUCUGUGCCCCUGUCUGUCUUUGUUGGCUGCUGGGGUGGGUUCCAGGGGCAUUUGAGCCUCUGUUUGCUUGGGGAAGCCUCUCCUUCCCUCCCAGUGCCUCUCGUAUUUCCUUACUUACCAGUCGGAGCUGUAGUAAAUGUGGACGGUCAGGGGAUGCCCAGCGCACUGAACCAGGCUCCUUCUGUCCCUGCCCCACUCACCAGCUCUGUGCCCCUGAUGGGUCCACCCCCGUUACUGAAUGAAAGUCCCUGCAUGCACAGCUGUUCUGGGGU